GCAUCGGUGUUAUGAAGAAACAUAAGUGGAUGUAUGUUGUGGUCGAUGAGGGACACAAACUCAAGAAUAUCAACUGCCAGUUGUCCCGCAUUUUGAGACAAAUAAGUUCCAAGAAUCGCGUAAUACUGACGGGAACUCCACUUCACAACACUUUGGCCGAACUCUGGGCUCUUCUAAACUAUGUGUCGCCCGAUAUCUUCAAUGACUGGAAAAUCUUUGAAGACCUGUUGACCACGAACUCGAGUAAUCAGCAGAUCAUAGAACAGGAGAAACAAAAUAAGAUUAUAUCUAAAAUCCAUCAGAUUUUAGCGCCAUUUAUGUUGAGGCGAACCAAACCCGAAGUGGGACUCGAUUUGCCCCCAAAGAAGGAGAUCCUAGUCUACGCGCCCUCCACGCCAUCCCAACAAAUUCUAUACGAAUGUGCCGUCAAUUUAGUCAAAAGUGCAAAAGAGCAAAAGAGCGAUAAGUUUACACUGGAGUGCAGUGUAAUUGACGGCCGAAAGCGGCGCAAAAGCACCAAAAAUAUUGAUUACAAACAGUAUUACAAGGAUUUCGAUGAGUUGUACGACGAGGAGAGCUAUACUAGUCUUAUAGCCGAUGAGAGUGUGAUAGAGUUGCCCAAAGAGCUGGUGGGCAGUCGUCAGGAC